AUGGACCACGAGCCCCCGUUAUAUUGGAUGCUGAUGUUCUGGAUGAGACUCAUCAACGACGCACCCUCGCAACAUCAGAUGUUAUCAUGUCGUCGUCAAAACGAAUGCUCUCUUGAUGCACUUCGCUUCCCAAUCGACUUCAAUGGCAUUCUUCCAUGGGGUCCUUCAAUCUUGCAUUUUCCUAUCCGGUUUCGUUUUCGAUGGCACUACUCUCCAAAGACUUCUCUACGCUACGUGUUAUGGAGCGAACGAAAGAACAAUGUCGAUGUGGUGGGACGAGAAGUAUCCGUGCUACAAAUUAUGAAAGCGAAUAACAACCGGCUGUACCAAAUCAGAAAGCUCCGGAGAAGCAGAAGAAAUGAUUACCGGGAAGUCGCAGUAAUCGAAUUGAAACGGGGAAAGGCAUUGGAGGAAAUGGAAGGAUUGUUGAGAAUGGAACAUGACAAGGAAAUGGAAGAUACAGUGGAAGGAAAUAUCAGAAAUCAAGUUGCGGAGUACGACGAAAAAAUCAACAAAAUGAAAAAUUGGGUUCUGGAAGUUCUUCAAAUCGUUUCGUGUUUCCUUUGCAGCAAGUUUACAUGCCCUUGA